AGUUAUUGCAGUGACGUUGCUGCCACUGGUUUAAUUCUGCUUCCGCUCUCCCUCAUCAGACAACUCCUGGCUGAAGCGGAGAAAGCUGCGACUGAUGAUUCCCGUUCGGGCUCUCAACUGCCCCACUCUCCGCUCCCUGUUCGUGAUCUGCUUGAGCAAUUGAAAACUGUGCUAGGCAGCCAACAGAAGCCCCGACUCUCUUCCGAGGUCGCAACACCUCUCAGUUUUGCAGUUGGGUCUCUGCUUGGCGAGGGUGCAAUGCAGCCGCCGGUUACGACUGAACCGCGACGGCAAGCUACCGUAGUUUCACCGGCCGCCAUUAAC